CCUUGGCCACAAAGCUUAAGACAUUUCCGAGCACAAGAGUCUCUUCGUCUUCCUUGGUCCAUCGGAAUCGGAGAAGAAGAUAGCUACAGCUACGUAGGAAGAAGGACGAAGGAAUAAGAAUCCAUGGCGCAGCCGCCGGAGGGAGCGCUGAUCUACGCGAUGGUGGCGCGGGGCACGGUGGUGCUGGCGGAGCACACGUCCUACACGGGCAACUUCCGGGACAUCGCCGCGCAGUGCUUGCACCGGAUGCCGGCGGGGAACAACCGCUUCAUCUACACCUGCGACGCCCACACCUUCAACUUCCUCGUCGCCGAUGGAUACGCAUACUGCGUCGCCGCGACCGAGUCAGCUGGGUGGCAGAUUCCUAUGGCCUUCCUGGAGAUGAUCAAGGAGGAUUUCAACAAGAGAUACGCAGGGGGCAAAGCAGCCACAGCCACAGCAAACAGCCUCAGCCGAGAGUUCGGGCCGAGGCUUGGAGCUCAGAUGCAGUACUGUAGGGAUCACCCAGAGGAGGUGAGCAGGCUGUCGAGAGUGAAAGCUCAGGUGGACCAAGUGAAAGGCAUCAUGAUGGAAAACAUCGACAAGGUCAUCGAUCGCGGGGAACAGAUCGAUGGGCUCGUCACGAGGACGGAGCAGCUGCACAACCAGGCUGCUGAUUUCAGGCAGCAAGGCACGCGGGUGCGCCGCAGGAUGUGGUACCAGAACAUGAAGACGAAGCUCAUCGUCCUCGGCAUCGUCAUCGCGCUCAUCCUCAUCAUAAUCCUCUCAGUAUACCAUGGCAUACGCAAGUGAUCCAUUCAGUUGUUCAGAUGCAGUACUAGGUAGCUGGUUAAUUAGAAUAAUGUUCAUUUUGGAUCCACUGUACAGGUUGGUCCUAGCUUGAGCCUUGAGGUUCAUUCCACUGCACUGUCUUAACCACGCCCAUCAGGUUUCUUGAUGUCAGCGACCGCGGCCAAGGCCUUGGGCUUUAUUUUCGCU